AAUAAACCUGGUGGAAGGAAUUGCAAGCAGCUCACGAGAAAACAUUCGUCGUCUUGCCUCUCGAAAGAUUUCAAGAUAAUUAUCCUUAAAUUUCCAUCGCCUUUCCAGACGAAAAAUGUUUCCAAACUUAAGCACCGACAACGAUUCUUCGUCUCGCUGCAGUACCGCAUCUCCAGUCGGGGACACCCUUACGUACUUCCAGCAGUCGCCAGCUGACUCGUUCUCCAGUGCCUCUGCUUCUCCAGUCCGGAACACACAGGAACUUCGCACAGAUAUGGAUGUUGCCGGCACUCCCUUUGUUCCGACAGUGACUGCAAUUUCAACCACCCCGGAUUUGCAGUGGAUGGUCCAGCCGACCAUGAUCACAUCUGUCUCCCCUUCUCUGGGUAGCUCGCAGACAUACAAAGUGCGCAGCUCUAACCAGCCGGCUCCCAAAGCAGGCGGAAGCAAAGGACCAACCACUGGCAGAAAGGGGAAGAAUGAGCCGCUCUCUCCAGAAGAAGAGGAGAAGAAGAGAAUCAGGAGAGAGAGGAAUAAGAUGGCUGCAGCGAAGUGCCGCAACAGACGGAGGGAGCUAACAGACACCUUGCAAGCCGAGACAGAUAAGCUAGAAGAAGAAAAAGCAGCCCUUCAGUCAGAAAUAACCAAUCUCAUGAAGGAGAAAGAGAAGCUGGAGCUCAUCCUUGCUGCUCAUAAACCAGUCUGCAAAAUAGCAGAAGACCUGGAUUGCAUCUUCCAGGAGCCCAUUGGCUCUCCCCAGCUGCUCUCCAAUCUGGGAAACAGCAAGUUCUUAGAGGACACUGCACCGGAGGUUCCUGUGCUUCAGGAUACAGAUGCCUCCAGCUUCCCGACCACAGCCAUCUCAGGGAACUCCAACAUCCUGCUGUGCUCCAGUGCUGAUGUCAACAUCAACGACCUGGAACCUUCGCUAGACAUGAAAGAGGAGCCAUUGGAUGACUUGCUCCCCAGCCUAGAGAAGACCUCCAUUGAAACGGCCCGGUCUGUUCCGGACAUUGACUUGAGCAGCUCCCUUGGGGUGACGGACUGGGAAACCCUGUACAAGUCGGUGUCCAGUGACCUGGAGGCCCUGAGCACCCCAGUGGUGACUUGCACCCCCACAUGCACCAAUUACCUGUCAACUUUCGCAUUCACCUACCCGGAGUUUGACUUGCUGAACGAGGGAGUGGCUAGUCCCAAAGCAGGUGCAAGCAAAGCAGACUCAGUAGUAGAUAUUCUCAAUUCUCCAACCCUCUUAGCCUUAUAAUGUUUAGCAUUAGAGUGGAUAAACUGGACAGCAAUUGAUGACUGCAGAGUCUGACACCACUAAGCAUGAUAUAUUGUCUGAGGUCAUUGCUGUGAUCCAAGCGGUUGAUCUGGUGGUUGCAUUCAUGAAAUGUUUACUAUGACUGAACCCGUAUUAACUUCUUCCAAAUGCAUUUUAAUGUAGCUAAAGCAUGACAUUAAUUUCCCUGACUGAAAUGUUAGCUAUGGUCUGGUAUUAAACGCAUGCAAAAAACGUGCCAUAUCAUUUCAGAAUUACACAGUCCAUUUGUUCUUUUUUUUGGUGCUAGAUUGUUUACUGUAUCGUGGAGCUAAGAAAUGUAUUGUUUUGUGUUUUGAUAGCAAUAGUAUGCUAAUGUAAAAAAUGAAUAUAGUGUGUAUAAGUAUAUAUCCCUGUACUGUAACUGCAUACCUCAAUUUUGUCAUUCAAACUGUGAUUUUGCAUCAUCGUUUACAGUUUUCCAUGAAAACAUGUGGUGUGCUAUAAUUUAUCAAGAUGUAUUUUAUGAUAUAGUUUAUUUUUCUACCUUAAAAGUUUUCACUUGUUCGUCAAAUGGAGAAAAGAGAAAUAAGCAUUGACUGCUUAUCUAUGGAUAGUAUCAUUAAAUAUAUUUGAAGUGUA